UCAGCUAUUGGCUGGAAGGAGCUAAUUAUGCAAGGUAGUGAAUCCCUGUGGGGGAGGUGGGGCCAAAACUGAAAGAACUCCUUUGGCAGGCAGAAUAGAGCUUUUAUUGAGGAUAUUUCUAAGCUGACCAUCAGGGACCAAAUCGCUGGAUUGUUAAAAAAAAACACAUCUCAGCUGAAUUACGCUGCUCCCUCUCUUUCAUUCCUUCCCUCGUUUCAUUUCAGUGAGACAGAGUGUAGCUCGUGCAGUACCCAGCAGCAGGCAGAAUGCAAGGAAUCUACAGUAUUCCCCUGUCUCACACAAGAAGCCCAGUUCACUACUGAAGGACAAGAGAGGGGAGAAGGAGGCAGAGCUAAAGAGCAGUCAGGGGAGGAUUCACACUGCUGAGGUUGAGAGGAGGAACGCAGCGUCUUGUCUUGUUCUGCUCUGCUCUUGUUGCCUCAGGUGUGUGUGCUCCUCCCUCCCCUCUGCAGUGCCUGCUGUCAGCUCCAUCCCUGGGUGGCUGAGGCCAUGGUGUUGGUGCUGCGAGCCCUGCUGCCCUGCUUCUGCACCCUGCUCUCCCUGGAACUGCUGCCUGGGGUGGAACCUGCCGUACCCCUGGAGGACUUCUACCCCUUUGGCCAGGACGUAGGGGACUGCCAGACCAUCGCUCAGGACGACGGAGGCUCCCGGCUCGUGAAGAUCUCUGUUGCUUUCCACUUCUUUGGAGACCGGCACACAGGACUCUAUGUCAACAACAAUGGCCUUGUAUCUUUCCUGAGGGAGGUGUCCCAGUUCACUCCGGUUGCGUUUCCGAUCGCCGGGGACAGAAGGGUUGUGGCGCCAUUCUGGGCCGAUGUGGAUAACCGUCGAGCAGGGAGAGUCUUCUACAGGGAGAGCCAGGAGCCCUCCAUCCUGAGGAGGGCCUCAGGGGAAGUCAAGACGUACUUUUCAGAGUUCCCCAACUUCAAUGCAACAUGGGUCCUCAUCGCUACAUGGCACCAAGCUACUUUCUUUGGAGGCAGCUCUCUCACUCCGGUAAAUACUUUCCAAGUGGUGCUUAUUACAGACGGAGAGCUUUCCUUCACUAUAUUCCAGUACAAUAACAUCACUUGGACCACAGGCAUGCAUGCCAGCAGUGGAGGAAACCUGGCUGGGCUGGGAGGGAUUGCAGCACAGGCAGGUUUUAAUGCUGGUGAUGGUAAGCGCUAUUUCAACAUCCCCGGCUCGCGCACUGCUGAUGUGGUGAACGUCGAGGAAACCACUAACGUGGGCCAACCAGGCAAAUGGGUAUUUCGUAUAGAUGAUGCAAAUGUGGAAGUGGGUGGCUGCAAUGACUCUGUAUCAGUGUGCCCACAACUGCGACCUUGUCUGAACGGAGGCCAUUGCAUAGACGACUGCAUUACAGGAAACCCCUCCUUCACCUGCUCCUGCUUGGCUGGCUUCACCGGGCGAAGAUGCCAGAUUGAUGUCGAUGAGUGUGCCUCAUAUCCGUGCCAAAACGGGGGGACCUGUGCAGACCGGAUUAAUAGUUUCCUCUGUCACUGUCCUCCUGGAUACACAGGGAGUCAGUGUGAAACAGACAUUGACGAGUGCAGAGAAAGACCGUGCCUCAACGGUGCGUUGUGUGUGCAGGGCGCUGGCACUUUCACCUGUGUGUGUGAACCGGGUUACACUGGUGUCCUCUGUGAGACAGACAUGAACGAAUGCGAGUCGCAGCCCUGUCUGAACAGAGGACAGUGCAUGGAUCUGGUGGCCAACUUCACCUGUGUUUGCCCCGCGGUCUUCACUGGAGCACUCUGCGAGACAGAGCUGGUGGUGCUUCAGGUUAAUUCAACCGAGCCAGAAAACCAAGCAGGCAUGUGUGGCAAUGCAGAUUGCGAAAAGAACUGGAUUUGUGAAAACACCAGCUCGGGAAUCUACAACUGCACAUGUGCUCCGGGCUUCUACGGUGAUGAGUGUGAAGAGGAAUGUCUGUGCCAGAAUGGGGGUGUGUGUGUGGACAUCAAUGGGACUUGUGAAUGCCCGUCAGGCUACACAGGACUCUACUGUCAGUUUGAAGUAACUCAGACGCCGUGCAGUCACAGCAGGCCGUGUCCUGAUGGAGGUCCCUGUUUGGAGUACGGAGGAGCCUACCUGUGCACAUGUCAGACCAGUGCAGCAGAGCAGGAUCAUAAGGACUUCUACCCAUAUGUACAGCCCCGAUCGGUCUGCGACUCCUCUCCGUGUCUGAAUGGGGGAUACUGCUAUGAGCGGGAUGGAGGCUACACCUGCGAGUGCAAACACGGAUACUGGGGGAAGCACUGUGAAAAAGUCAGACUCAAUACCUGUGCUUCUGCUCCCUGCCGCAACGGAGGCUCCUGCAAGGAGGAAGCAGGGAGCUACAGAUGUGUGUGCCCAUACAGGUUCGCUGGGAAACAUUGUGAAGUGGGGAAGCCAGACCCCUGUGCCUCCAGCCCCUGUCUGAAUGGGGGGACAUGCUUCCACUACAUAGGAAAGUACAAAUGUGAAUGCACUGAAGACUUUGGUGGCCGGCACUGUGAAAUAAACAGGAGCUCAGUACAGACCAACGCAGAGCUGGGCUGUGGGCUGCCUCCACCGGUGAAGCACGCAGAGGUUCAGUUCUCCUCAACAACACCGGGCUCCAUGGCUGUGUACAUGUGCCACUCAGGCUUCACCUCUGUGCCCAGAGCCACCCAGAGCAUCUGUGGUAUUCAGGGAGACUGGAGCCAGCCCCCCAUCUGUGAGGAGAUCAAUGAAUGCCUCUCACAGCCCUGUCUUAAUGGCGGUACAUGUGGGAACCAGGUGGGGUCUUACCACUGUGAGUGUGAUGAGGGCUUCAGUGGAAACCGCUGUCAGACAGAUAUAAAUGAAUGCCUGUCGGGGCCCUGCGAGCACGGGGGGACAUGUGAAGACCAGCCUGGCUCCUACCUGUGUCACUGUUCUCAAGGCUUCAAAGGCCACAACUGUGAAAUAGAGCAGGACGGGUGUGAGUCCAAUCCCUGUCUGAACGGAGGCGUGUGUCGGGGGUACAGACGAAAUUAUUUGUGUUUGUGCAAAGACGGCUUCUUUGGCGACCAGUGCCAGAUGUUGGAGAACCCAUGUGUACUGCAACCUUGUGGAAACCGUGGCCUCUGCAGGAGUGACAAGAGAGGGAACUACAACUGUGUGUGCAGAGUGGGACACACAGGCAAAGACUGUGAGAAAGACCUGUUGCCUCCCUCUGGUCUCCAUGUGCUGCGCGUGGAGGAGAACGAGGUGGAGCUGCGCUGGGAUCAGCCGGGGCCGGAGCACAGCCUGAUCAGUGGUUUUGUGGUCUCUUAUGCUCCGCUGGGCUGGAGUAAUCCCAAAACAGACACGCUGGAGAGGCAGCAGUCCUCACACAUCAUGAGAGGCCUUCUCCCGGGCCUGCUGUACAAUAUCUCCACGUUCUCCAUCAAACGCAACACCAACAGCAAUGACAACAGCCAACCAGCCACCGCUCUGAUACGCACCAGACCCCCGCAGGUGGAGCAGCUGCAGGUGGGGAACGUGUCGUCCUCACAGGUGUGGCUGAGCUGGCUGGUUCAGGCUGCUCGCCACGCAGCAGUCAGCAGGGUGCUGCUGUCUCUGCUGCCUGCCGACGGUAGCGAGGCUCGAACCGCCGUGCUCAACACCAGCAGCACUGAGCACUCCUUCAGUGCAUUACUCCCUGGUCAGAUGUACACGGUGGAUGUGUUGACUCAAAGUGGAAUCAGACCAGAUGAAUUUCCCUCCACCAGCCACUCAGCUGGACCUCUGCAGUUCUGGACACGGCCUCUCCCCCCACAGGACCUCUCCCUGUCACAUGUGACCACUAACUCAGCACUGAUCACCUGGAGCCGCUACCCGAGAAACGUCCCAGAUGGCUUUGUGGUCAACGUGACCCGAGGGCUGAAUACGAGGAGUCGCUUCCUGCCCAAUGGGAAGCUGGGAUCAUAUACCCUGCGUGAACUGACUCCGGGACAGCAGUACCAUGUGGCUCUCACAUCAGUGAAAAGCACAGGGCAGGAACAGAUCCACAGCGAACCCCAACACCUCGCCUUCACUACCUUGCCAAUGGGUGCGAGAUCAGGGAGAAGAGAGAGGCCAGCCGGGAAUGGACAGGGGACUCAAGUCGAACGCACACUUCCCCCCUCUCAGCCUCAGGACCUGGGGGCCACAACAGAAACAGAGAACUCAGAGGAGCUACCCAGAUACACAGAGCUCAUCGACAGAAGGGGAAAGAUAACAGCUAAGUUCACUCACCUGCCUCGAAAAGCCGUUCGACAUCGCACCAAACCUGACCCGCCAAUAAAAUUAGAGAAGAUGGAAGAAACAACAAACAAAAUCAGCCUGGCACUCGAGAUUGAAGAAGGGUUAAGGAUCAAGCCUGAGCUGACACAGGACUGCCUCAGCACGCCCUGCCAGAACGGGGGAACAUGUGUGAGCGGAGAAGACUCAUUCCUCUGCGACUGCGCAGACGGGUUCAAGGGCCGGCAGUGUGAACUGUCGUGCCAGAGAGUGCCUCACCCCUGCACCCGCCUGUACUCUGAGACCAAGAGCGUGCCAGUGUGGGAGGACGGAGUGUGCCACUACCUGUACAAAAGGACGUAUAAAGUACAGCAGGAUGUUUGUUACCGAGAGAUUUGUGAACCUACGCCUCCCAAGAAAAGUCAGAGCAGAAGAACAAGCAGACAACAAUAAAGAGCACUUGGAGACUGAUGGAAGGACUGUCAUCACUGUCAUAUGAAAAUUAAUUUUGGUGUUUAUAUUGUACUUGAAGGAGCUGAUUACGGUCAUUCUUUGAGCUGAGAAACCCAGUCAGGACCUACUGUAACAUUUUAGAAAAGCUUCAACGAUCUCAAAGUAAAGCUGUGUUUGUAGCCCCGCCUUCACGAGAGGUCUUCGGUCAAUCAAGGGAAAAUUCAAACCGUAUGUCAUUGGUGACAUUGAUGAUAGAUUUUUUGUACAAACACACACAUAUGCAAAUAUUAACAGUGAGCAGUCCGCUGCAACUGAGACCUAAUAUACCUCAUGUCCAUGUCCGUGCUGACACAUCAGGAGAGGUUUUUAUUAUUUGUGAUUCAGCUGCAGGUUUUGUCCCUCAGGGAAAUAACUGUAGAGUGUUCCGAGUCCCAAUGUUUUCCCAACGACGGCCCCAGCUCUCCUCAUAAAUAUGUUGGGAAAUGUUUGUUUUCUCCUGGCUUCUCAAAAUCAUCUCGUCGUCUGACAGUGGCACACAGCGUUUCCUGUGUAUGAAUAUGUCUCUCUGUGUCGUCGCAGGCAUCACUGCACGCUAUUCUGUAAAUAGUGUUUAUAGGCCAUUUUGUAGGUGAAUAUUUUAAUAAUAAAAAUGUUAAAAUGUU